AUAACGUCUGCAGCCAUAAUAGGACAUGGAGGCCGCCUCUCCUUACGGGAUGCGGUGAUGAUGCAAAAGAGUCACGGAUUUCUGCACGUAGAAGCGGAGGGGCGGGGUCACGUCACGGCAUCCCAGCAUUCCAGUUUUUCAUAGGUUGAUGGCGUAGGCUGGGGGGAAAAGAAAUAAUAAAAACAACUGCGUGCGAGUACGUGCGGUUCACCUCGCAGCCGCUGUAUGUGACGUGACGGAUUCAGAGAGAAAAAGGAGGGAGGCACCGCUGCAGCAGUGUAUCAUUGUCCGUCCUGUAGUCACGACAGGUGAGUGUCACUUUAUCGUCCCGGUUGUGCUGCUUUUGGAUCUGAGGUCUUUCUUUAGGCGUGGAAAAAUCCAGUGCUUGCUCCAGUUUGACCGACAUCACAGACACAGAGAGAGCUGAGAGCGCCGGCGGGCGGGUCCUGCAAAGCUUUCAACCACCACCUGAAGAUCUCCUCUCUGCAGCCUUCAUUUGGAGUGAAAUUUCCAGAAGAUGGAGGAGCAGCAGGGAAAUCAGGUAACAGGUUAUCUCCUGUUCUCUCUGGGCACCGCCGUCAUCGGCUCUCUGCAGUUUGGUUACAACACAGGAGUCAUCAAUGCUCCGGAGCAGAAACUACGAUCGUUCUUCAACGAUACCUGGGUCGAGCGUUAUGGAGAGCCAAUCUCUGCGGGGGUAUGUACCAUGGUCUGGAGUGUUGCUGUCGCCAUCUUCAGUGUGGGCGGCAUGGUUGGCUCCUUCAGCGUAGGCGUCAUGGCAAACCGAUUUGGCAGGCGUCGCUCCAUGUUCCUGGUGAACUCUCUGGCUGUGAUCGGUGGCCUCCUCAUGGGCUUCUCCACUAUCUGCUCCUCCUACGAGAUGGUUAUCGCCGGUCGCCUGAUCAUCGGCCUGUUCUGCGGUCUCUUUACCGGUCUGACUCCCAUGUAUGUGGGGGAGGUGUCACCCACUCCCUUACGAGGAGCCUUCGGCACUCUUCACCAGCUCGGGGUGGUGGUGGGCAUCCUGAUCGCUCAGAUCUUUGGUCUGGAGGCUCUGCUGGGCUCAGCCAAGCUGUGGCCCCUGCUGCUGGCCCUCACUGUGGCCCCUGCUGUCCUGCAGUGCAUCCUGCUGCCCUUCUGUCCCGAGAGCCCUCGCUUCCUGCUCAUCAACCUCAAGCAGGAGGAGCAGGCACGUAAAGCACUGGUGCGUCUGCGUGGCAGUGAGGAUGUGAGUAAAGAUCUGCAGGAGAUGAAGGAGGAGAGCGCCAAGAUGGCCAUGGAGAAGAAGGUCACCAUCCCGGAGCUUUUCCGCUCUGCAGCGUAUCGUCAGCCCCUCCUUAUCGCUGUCAUGUUGCAGCUCUCCCAGCAGCUGUCUGGGAUCAACGCUGUGUUCUACUACUCCACAGGCAUCUUUGAUUCAGCCGGUGUCAAACAGCCCAUCUACGCCACCAUCGGAGCUGGCAUCGUCAACACUGUCUUCACUAUUGUAUCCCUCUUCCUGGUGGAGAAGGCAGGACGAAGGACGCUGCACCUGCUGGGACUGGGUGGAAUGGCGAUCAGCGCUCUGCUCAUGACCAUCUCCCUCCUGCUGAAGGACUUUCCCGUGAUGAGCUACAUGGCCAUCAUUGCAGUUAUGCUUUUUGUGGCUAUGUUUGAGCUUGGCCCCGGUCCAAUCCCAUGGUUCAUUGUGGCCGAGCUGUUCUCUCAGGGGCCCCGUCCAGCAGCUAUGGCUGUGGCUGGCUGCUGCAACUGGACGGCCAAUUUCCUGGUUGGAAUAAGCUUCCCAAAACUAGUGGAGGCAUGCGGGCCUUGGGUAUUCCUCAUCUUCACCGCCUUCCUAAUCAUCUUCUUCAUCUUCACCUUCAUCAAAGUCCCAGAGACGAAGGGUAAGACCUUCGAUGAGAUUGCUCGCAGCUUUGGCGGCGGCCCGCCUCCCACCUCCUCAUCUGUUGAGGAUCCUCCUGCCACUGCCAGCGCCGCCACAACGCUUCCUGCUUCACCAGUGAAGGAAAAGGUCCCGUUGGUGGAGGCGCCACCGCCGGCAGCAGCAGCAGUUGAUCCGCCCCCGGCAGCUGAAACCACACCCCUUGAUGAUAAAUCCAAAUCAACAGUGCAGGAGAGUGUGUAGAGCAGCUGUAGGUAGAGUUUAGUAGAUGAAGGGGGUUAUGAAUGAAGGAAGAAUCACAGAUAUUACAAAAGUGCUGUAAAUUGUAAUUAAUUAUCAAACCUUGGAACAAUAGAAACUUUAUAAUUUUAAUACCAAAAAUGGCAGUAUUAUCAGCUUAGAGGCGUUGACCUUUAAAAGGUCAUGCUUUCUGCUUUUAUGGUAGACUCCUUAUUAGUCUCUGACAUUUCCUCAACUUCCUUCUUUUAUAUCCUCCCUUCCUCACCUGUGAAAGGGAAGCAGUCACUGUACAAUGCUACAGAUUAAAUCUACUGUACAUUCCUAGGAAUUAAGCUACAUUCAUUAAAAGGGUGAGUCUUUUUCAAGACAGCUGUGUGUCUAGUCAGGGCGGCACUUUUCCAACAAACGCAGGUUGUGUUAAUGGAAAGUGUUGCCGUCCAGGCAAAGGUCCAGGUUUAAAUGUCCGUCACUGCAGACUAGAAGCAGAAUGUGUUGACAACGGCACAGCCUUUUGUUUCCAGACAUGCUAAGUCCAUUCUGAGUUCAGGUCCAUGUAGUGCAAGAGGCGACGUGGAUAGCGAUGAUGCACUAUUUAUUUAUUUAUUUAUUUUUUAUUUAAUGUAUUUUUAAAGUUUAGACAGGCAUUGUAGUAGAUAUUAUAGUGCAAUAUAACUUGAUAGUUUCAUGUAGUGAUAUUUAAUGAUCUGUUAAUUCUUCUAGUGUUUUUGGAAGUGUUUUCAAAUCGCGGGUCUUAAGAAGGGAUUCUUAGAAUUUACAUUCUGCCUUCAGCUGUUAAAUAUGAGCUGACAAGCUGUGGAGCUUUUUAGCAAUGCCAAAGUACUGAACUUUAAUUUCCACCUGGUGAACACGAGUAACUUUAAAUGUGUUUCAGUUUGAGAAAUUAGCAGCCACAGGUCUCAAGUUUAUUCAUUCUGAAAGCUAAAUUGGUGGUUAAAGCUGUAAUCCACAAGUUUGUUCAACUUUAUUUAGUUUAGCACCUUGUUCUGCUUUUUCUUGAAUUUAGGUAAAAGGAAUACAAAAUGAUCAUUUGUAUAUCAACGUCUUACCCUGUGUAACACUGAGUUCAUGAAGAAAACUUUGCUCCACAGUAAACGAAGAAUCCAAAAACAGAGAAAAUGCUCAGUGGUUUGAAGCCAAAGGAGGCAGCGUUUAACAACAGCAAAACUAUAUCACAAAGCUGGUUUAUAAACUCUCACACAACUUGGCCUUCGUACAAUCUAAGUUAGCAAACAUUGGUCUGACGUUGACGUUUCCUUGGCCCAGACUGGUCCCGGUCAGACACCAAAAUCUGAAACGUGGUGAUACGGCAAAUGGCCAGAUGAUGGUGUUAUUUCCACCUCCAAUUCCAAUAAGUCCAUUCAGAUUCUGUCUUACAAGCAUAUUAGUAUAAUAUUGAUCAUAUUAUUGCUGUGAAAAAGCAAAUAGAUGCAUCUUUGGUUUUUUUUUUUUUUUUUUGUAUCACAAAAAUGAUUUAUUGACAAUUUUAUUUCUUUGGUUGUGAAAUGGUUGUAAUCAGAUGGCCGCACCAUGACGUCCACUCCAAGUGCAAAGAGUAGUAUUACUGGACGCCCUUUUUUUUUUUUUUUUUUUUUUUUUAAAAGUGUUGGUUUUUUUGCACUCUUGCCUUCAAUCGAUAGGACAGUAUUAAGUGUGAAGGGGGAGUACAUGCAUUUGAACUCUGCUAAUGCUUUCCAUUUAGCAGAGUUCAAACGAAUGUGUUUUCUCAGGUAUGCUACAUGCAUGAGACUAUUUAUGCAGAAGUGUUUUAAAUAGAAAGGUUUUUGUGAAAAUGCAUGUGUUUGGGAAGUACUGAGCAUAUGACUGGAUAAAUGACACCUGGAUUAUGCGGCACAGGUUGUUUGAGAGGUUGUAAACAUAUGUUUUGAUAUAGUUUUGCUGUUGUUAGAUGCGGCCCCCUUUUACCAUCAAUAAUUUUCGUAUUUGGUUUCUUUGUUCAAAAAAGUUUUCCUGAAGAAUUCAUUGUAACAUGGGAUGAAUAACUGCUGUUCAAAAGGUCUUUUUGUGGAUGAAAUAUGCAUUUAACUGAGUUGGUGCUGAGUUCAAUCCAAACAAACAAAUUUCCUGUUUACCAGAGAAUUUGGUUUAAAAAAAAAUCAUUCACUCCUUAUUGAUUCAAUUUCUACUCAAAUUUAUGAAUAGACAAAUACAUAUUCUAUUGUUAAAUCUUGUGGACUAUUGCUUUAUUGCAUUGGUAAAUUGCUGCAAGCAUUUUAGGGCAUGCUAUGACUGAGGCCUGUGGACAAAAACAUGUCGGCUGGAUUGUCAUAGAUUACAGUAGGGUAACGUGCAAUGUAUAUUAUUUUUUGUUAGAGAAAAAAUUAUGAGUAUUUAUUUCCUUAGAAAUUAAGUUUUAUAUGAAGUAUAAAAUUAUAAUACACUAAAGCCAGUUUAGAAUCGUAAUGCUUUCCAGAUUAGCCCAAGUAAUGAAAAGCUGGAUGAGUCUGCAGUGAGCUUUUCCUGCUGUGGUGGAGUAAACCUACAUCACAUGAAGUGCAACACUGUAAAUCUCAUUUGUUACUCUCUGUGUAGAUGCACUUUGUAAACCAGAUAAGCAGCAAAGCAUUAGAACCAGAAUCACUAAUGUAGAAGCCACUAAUAACAACAGCGCUUUGUGUCAAAUGAACAAAAUAAUAUUUCUAUUUACAAAGCGACUGCGUAUAUCUGGCCGAGCUGUUAUUAGAAUAGAUAGGUAUGAAAUGUGCAAUCAAAAAAGAAACUGCAGCCUGAAUUAUGUUGGAGCUAAUCAUGAAGCGAGGAAAGUAACGGGGAAGUGCUAAUACUGUAUAAACAACGGGUACACAUUAUGUAAGUGACAGGCCGAUUUUUAUAGUUCCUGUCAUUUGAUUAGAAAAAAAAUAAUCUGGUUACCUUAUAUGAUUUUUUUCUUUAUUAUUUUUACAUAUUCACAAAGGGAGAAAUGACAAAAAACUCAAUUUUGUUGACCUCGAUGAUGAUCUGAGAAAAUAAUUUGUUAAAAUCAAAACAAGGAGUGUAAUUCCAAAAUGAGAUAUCCACCAUUUUAAAAACCAGGCUCCUCUUAUUACAGCAGGACAUGAAGUUAUGGUGGUGUCAUAACAUUGGGAGUUUACAAAUAAGACUCAAAAGCAGAGAAGCUUUGGCAAGAAGGAUUUCUUAUUGAUUUAGAGGGCAGAAACUACACAUCAUGUGUUGUAUUGAAUUAAAGAAAAAGAGACAGAUUUUUAAAAAUUCGGAAUUUUAAAAAAUGUUUUGUCUUUGUCUCCUAAUUUUGUCUGUUGGCUACGGUAGCUAUCUUGUGCUCCAAUAACUGCAGUAUUCUGUCAAUCAUUAAUUUUGGUGUCUUACGAUGGUAAUAUUAAGAGAACAGAGGUUACAGGAGAAAUAAUCUCAUGUGUUUUACUUCCAGCCUCUGGUCUCUAAAGGUUCUGUAUGCGACAUUCAGAGCACCAAUAUAGCAGAAAAUCACUAUUUGCAAUGUAAAACUAUAGUAGAGUAAUGGCAGUCAAACUACCUGUGUGUGUGUUAUAAUCUGAGCUUUUCUGUAGUUUGUUGUGGUAAGCCACAUGUGCAUAUAAAAAGACCUGGACUCAGCGUUGAAGGGGGGUCACGUUCAUGCCUAUGAAAGUUGAUCGAUGAUGCAUGAAGCCAAAAAAACUUGACUUCCUGGUUUUUAAAUUACCCGAGAACUUCUGCAUCGUUGGGUCAAUAGACCAAACACACUAGAGACUUUGCUGGCUGAGCAGCUAACUUCCAGUUUAGGGAUGAAAUGAUCAGGGCUGCCCCGAAUAGAUAGAGAGGGAGUGAUAGAGAGGGGGUAAGAGAAGGUGGAAGGUGGACUAUAGCAUGCAAUGUUUCUGUUUGCAAAUUAGUAUCCCUUGCCACCUUUUUCCAGUUUCCUCCACCAGUUUACUGGUGAAAAAACAAAACAAAAAAUGAAGCAUUCAAAUACUGACUUGGACGUCAAUUACUGUGGCAACCACUGAAGCUUUGAAGCUUCAAAUCAUUCAGGUCAGCCCUUAAAACGAUUUAAUCAUGCGGCUGUGGAUCAAAUGGAUCAAAUCCCAAAAGUGAAGCCAGUCAUUUUGCAUGGGUUGUGACACUCAAAAAAAUGUAUCCACUGAUUUGCAGAUGUCUCUUUUAAAGUGUAAGUCUAUGGGAAAAAGUAUUUUUGGGCCAAAUGGCAUCACGUGACAAACCUACAAGUUGUAGUUAAACAGCUAGACUACUAUGUCAAAUUGGCUUAAAAGUCUGCGGAAGUGUAAUAAUAAUAAUAAUAAUAAUGAUGCAUUUUAUUUGUUAGGGCGCCUUUCAAGCCACUCAAGGUCGCCUUACAGCAAAGAUAAAAAAGCAUACAUCAAACAAGAAACACAGCACAGUAACACACGUAUGGCACUUAUCGUUUGCUCUGUCAGCUCUGCUGCCAUUGUUUAGAGUUGUUUAUAGAGUUAGCACUGUUAGCUGCUAGCUGCCGGCUCAGCCACCUCCAUGUUGAGAACCAUGUGCAAAGAACUCAUACACUCUGAAUUUUGCAUAGAGCUCCUUUAACUCAAACUCACUAUUUAAGAACACAAACUACCUUCCUAUCUGCCUUCAAGUCAAAAUUAUCAAUUUUCUUAAAAAUUGACAUUUUGGUGUAAAACUCUCAGAUGUGUUAACUUGUUCGAUGUGUGUCACAAUGCUGACAUGACAUGUUGUUGUGAUCUAACAUGAAGAAUGUGUUCACAUUUUGUAUGACAUUUAAAGCCCAAACGCACUGAACGCGACUUUUGACACUUUGUCAAUAUAGUGAGUGACAAUUGAAUUAUGUAUGUCAAUACCAAUUUAGAUAAUAACAAAGUUAACAAAACAUCCUAGUUUGUUGCCUGAAUCAGACACUUCCAGUAUGUUUCGGCUUUAUUUGUCUGGUCCAGUCGUCGUCUACAUUGUAAUGCUUUGUCUGAGAAGUCAGCUAUGUUGUAGCAUUGUCAACCUUUACAUAUUUAUGCAUUACCAACAUUGUACAGUUUGUUUGGUGAAUACGUGUGUGACGCAAAGUAGGCUAUAUUUUCUAUAUGAUUCAUGCUGCACUUUGAGAACAUAUUUAUUUAUAUAUGUAUUAUUUAUUUUUUUGGCUACACUGGGAAAAUAUUUAUCUUGACAAGUAAUUCAAAUGAUAUAUACUGCAGUGUAACAUUUGAUUGGAGUGAUACCUCCCUUGUUUUAAAAUACUUACUCGUAAGCUGAUUUGAAAACAUUAAAGUGUGUCAGUGACAUUUUUCGCUUGUUUUGAGAAUAGAAGCCCAUAAGAUUGAUUUGACGCGAUGAUAAGGGGCUUGUUAAGAUGAAUAUUUCUUACAGUGCGAGGAUAGAUUAUGGUCGGAGUCAUGGCUUCGUUGUGUAUUGCUGUAUUUGUGGAUAAUAGUGACGUGCUGUGUUUGCACUGGGGGAGGUGCGUGGUACACUCCUCUCAUGGUAGUGUUCAGUGUUGUAUUCAACCUCUCCUGCAAGGUCCUGCUUCUGUCCUUCUAUUAACACUGCUCCUGCUGUAGGGCACUAACACUGAACUUUACCAAACCUGAGUCUAGUAUGGAUUUAAAAUGCUUUCUAUUACUCAGACUGCCCAGUCGGGUUUGCGUCUUGUGAUAUCGCAACUUCAGGUACCUCCAGAGAUCUGUGUUCAUUGCUACCCUUUCUCUCUGAGGUGAUAUUAAGGUGUCUCAGAGGUAAAAGUGAAGGAACAGAUUGUGUUUAAUAUGAUGUUUUAAAAGUGGUAAAAAGAGCCGAAAUGUCUCUUUUGACCAGGAGGAAUUUGUUUGGGGUGCCACAUUAAUACCAAGUUAAAAGUUUUAGUUCAAGGUGCAGGUCUGUGGCCAACAUGAGGGUGCAAUCACACCUACAGCUUGUUUUCUCUGGUUCAAACCAUUGUUUUUAGGUGACACUGCCCAUUUAUGAAUCAGGGGUUGUAUAGUCGACUAAUGUAUGUAAACUUGCCACUGUUUGAGCAGUGGUUACAUAACCUUUGAAAAGGCUAACUUUACUGUGCACGUGCAUGCAUGGACAUGGGGAUAGGUGAGCUCCGGUACUGGGGCAAACAAACACAGAAGUUUCACCCUGGAGAUCACUGUUUUUGUCCAGUGUGAAACUAAUGGUCAGCACUUAACCUUAUACACUUUAGUCCUUUACAAAGUUAUGUCACGUUACAUACGUCACUUUACGAACAUCACUUUAUGUACUUAGGUCACUUUAUGUACGUACAUCACUUUCGACUAACUUGCGUCCCGUACAUAACAAACAUAGUUAUUUUAAAUGAAAAGAAGAUCAUUUAUUAAACCUAACCAAGUACUUCUGGUGCCUGAACCGAAACCCUCCCACUAAACAUAAUUUGGCAUUAAUGGGUCGUGGUCAUUUCACAUAUUUCUGUGAAAGCGUGUUGAUAUUUUAGCACUUUGGGCUGGUCAAGACAAAUCCAAAGAAGUGCAAAUUUGCAAUGGCUGUUACCACAUACACGCAUGCAUCUCCCCAUAGCCACGCCCCCUUUUGGCCAAUUGGCCAACACAAACACACACCCUCACACACACACUUGGUGGUGGGGCAAUUUUUGUGGACUGUCCAAUAACCAACAGAGGGAGCUAUAGAGCUGCUGGCUGCAGCUAAAAAUCCCAAACUGUAUUGUUUUUCACCCGGCCUUAUAAAGUGAACCAACAAAACAAAUGCUCUCACAACUUGUGUGGUGUGGCUGCACUCUGAGAAAUGGCUGAAUCAGCGAAUCACAAAAGUACAUGAAAGGAUUUGAAUCAAACAGUGGACCCAGGUGCACACUGCUCCUAACCAUAGACACCCACUUUAUGCACAUGUAUGAACUCAAAAUGCUCCACUGUACAGGCACAGGAGAGUAUAAGUAUUCAUCUGUAAAUAUGUAUUUUUUAAAAGAGUACUGUUUAUAUGUUGACUUGCACGGUCAUGCGUGUGUGGAUUAUUUUUCUUUCGGGGUGCACAUGUUUUGUUGAAGAGAGGAGCUGAUUUAGCUGAACGUCUCUUUACUCUUUCGUAGUGGCAAAUUUAGUUCCUUCUGUGUGUGGACGUAAGUCACUGACUGCCUCCUCUCAUUUUCACCUCAUGUAUUUGUCAUCAUUCAAUCACAGUCGUGUACUUUAUCUGUGUGCCUAUUCAGAUUUAUACUCAGAGAUGUUGAUAGUAGUUGACUUUUCUCAUUUUUAUUUGCCACCAUAUGGUCGUUGUUUUCUUUUCUUCUAACAAUUCAUGUCUAUGAUCACAUUUCGAUGGUGGCUGCUGCCAACAUUGUCAAGAGCCAAGGAGUAAAUUCCAAACAUGCUAUAUUCCACUUGCUUAUUGUAACAAAAGCAUCAUCAUUGAUUACCAGAUACGUCAUAAUAAACCACCUCUAAAAUGAACCAUGUAGUGUGACAGACUUGAAUCAACAUGCUUUAGCUGCUGUGAUCUUUGUUUUGCUCGUUUGUUUGGUCCUGAUCUGUGUGUUACAACUGUGUAAAUAAAUGUACUGACUGUGCUGUAUGCUUGAGUAUCAUGUACUGUAAGCUAUUUGUGCCUCUCUGCACCUCACACAUUCACAGACACAUUAUUUAUAGUGUGUUACUGAAGUGAUUUCAGACACACACAGCCAUUGUCUGUAUGCUUUGCUGUUCUGAUGGCAGCCAAUGACUCAGAUAAAUCUUCAUUAAGUGAUACUUACAGGAUGUGUAGGGAUUUGAUUGAAUCUGUUAAAGGGACAGUUCACCCCAAAAUCAAUUUAGAUAUUUUUAUCUUACUUGUAGUGCUUUAUGAAUCUAGAUUGAUAAACAGCACUACAAGUAAGAAGGUUGUUAUGUAUUUUAGAUUUUUUUGGGGGGUGAAAUGUCCCUUUAACUGUAGCUUUAGUUUCUGUAAUGUGACGGAAAUGAGCUGAGCAGAUGACACUGUAGCUUCAGUGAGAAUAGUCAGGCUUUUUGACAUUUCUCUGUGCCACGCCGGUGAUGUACCCCAACUGUUUUUUGUUUCACUUGUGUUUGUAUUGUACAUGUUGUUAAAUAAAAUAUUCAUCAUGUAACGAGACAUGGUGUGAAAGUG